AGGCACCACUGCUGGGGUAUUCACUUCGCAGUCAGGAAGCAGCAUGGCUCCCCCUUGCCCAGGCCGGCUUCCCCUCCUGUCCCCAGCCAGGGCCCCCAUCUGUCUGCUCUUGCUCCUCCUGCUUCUGGUCCCCUCCCGCCCCUUCAGUGUGGUGAGAAGAGAGAGAGAUUCCUCUGAGGAGGAGGGAGAUCCCCCUGAAACAGAGGAUGGACCCCAAGAGGAGAAGCCACCUGGAGACGAGCAGCUUUCCAGGGAGAGAGAAACACCUGGCCAGGGAGAUCCAUCCAGGGAAGAGGAUCCACUCAGGGAGGAGGUCCCACCCAGAGAAGAGGAUCCACCCAGAGAGGAGGAUCCACCCAUUGUCCAGGAUUCUCCUGUCCCUGAAGAUUCUGGUUCCCACAGAAAUGUCCCAGAAAAGAAAGAUGAUGACCAUCAACACUGGCGAUAUGGAGGCGGCCCCCUCUGGCCCCAGGUCUCCCGAGCUUGCGGGGGGCACCUUCAGUCGCCAGUGGACAUCCGGCUGGACACCACCUAUUUCAGGCCGGACCUGGUGGCCCCCCAGCUCCACGGCUUCUUCCUCCCCCCUGACCAGCCUCUGAAACUGCAGAACAACGGCCACACAGUGCAGCUAACGCUGCCCCCUGGCCUGUGGAUGACGAUGGGCCUGGGGACAGAGUAUCGGGCCUUGCAGUUACAUCUGCACUGGGGGGCCCCCAGGGUGCCCGGCUCAGAGCAUACUGUCAACGGUCACCGCUUCCCUGCUGAGAUCCAUGUAGUUCACCUCAACACCCGAUUUGACUCAGUCCAUGAAGCCUUGGGGCAACCCGGGGGCCUGGCCGUGCUGGCUGCCUUCCUCCAGGAGGGCCCAGAGGAGAAUGAUGCCUAUGAACAGCUACUGUCACAUCUUGGGGAAAUUGGUGAGGAAGACUCAGAGACUUGGGUCCCGGGACUAGAUGUGUCUGCCCUCCUGCCUCACAACCUCCAACGAUAUUUCCGCUAUAAAGGAUCUCUGACGACCCCGCCCUGCUCCCAAGGGGUCAUUUGGACGGUGUUCAACCAGACGGUGCUGCUGAGUGCGGGGCAGCUCCGGACCCUGUCCACAUCCCUCUGGGGCCCCGAGGGCUCCCGGCUCCAGCGGAACUUCAGGGCCACCCAGCCUCUGAAUGGGCGAAUGAUCGAGGCUUCCUUCUCUCCUUCUCCCACCGCCAACAACCCGCCCUCAUCCCCGGAGCCAGUGCAUUCGAGCUCCUGCCUGAGUGUUGGUGACAUCCUAGCCCUGGUCUUUGGACUUCUCUUUGCUGUCACAAGCGUGGCCUUCCUUGUCUAUAUGAGGCGUCAGAAAAGGCAGAGGAAUGUUGCUGAAGAGAAGAAUAUCAUCUACCAGCCCACAGAGGUGACAGAAACGGUCACCUAGCUGGGGCUACCUAUUGAGAGACUGAUCACAGAAUCCAAAAGAACAGGAGGUGGAAAAGUGCUUUUUACCCCUGACCGCUUUACCAGGA